AUUCCAAGAACAACUGCAAGGCAACAACACAGGGUGAAUGUCCCAACCACAAACCCAGAGUCCUACUGGCAAAGAGCUGUGUACCUCCCUCCUACUGAUCAUCAUAUUCAAGAAAUAAACGACAGGCUCUUAUCGCGGGAGGAUCGCUUCCUAGCCCAGUAUCUUCUCCCAAUAAACUUGCAAGGAUUUGGUAACGACGUCCAGAGUAAGAUGUAUAGGGUGUACUCAAGAGAUCUGACUGACAAGAGAGAGCACGAGAACGAGAUGUUGCGGUGGAAAACAAAGAGGCCGCAUUCAACCGAAGAACGACCAACGACUCUGGCUGACACUCUCGACUGCAUAAAAUAUAACUCUUUAUCGAAAGGUUAA